AUUAACCCGAGUCCUAAUUUCUUCAUUUGAAAAAAAUCAGGAAUCCAUCUCCACUGGGUCUAUUUGCGAAGGAAAGCACCUUUUGCCAAUUUUUCUUCUUUGGAUGACCGCUACUGGCGUGCAUGCCUUAGUUGCGCAUAGUAGGUCUUGCGUGAUAGCUAGAUAACUGAACUAAUCUCCCCGAUUGGGCUCAGGUGGGCAGGGACCAUGUCUUCCCUCUGCAUCCCUCCCCUUCACUAGCACUUGGUACAACGUGGUGCCUACGGGAAAGGAACGGAAAUCUAACUUCCCUUACCCUAGGAGAACACCAGCCCUCUGACACCUCCAGCAACACUUGUAUCAGAAAUACCCGACAUGAAGGCAGGCGGAGCAUCCCAGGGGGCGGGGACAAAGGAGGGCGGGAUUUAGCACGCAGCCAGAGACCAGUCUCCGCGCCGGGUGCGCGCUUGCGUGCUAAUUCUUUUAGCCAAGAAAGCCGGACGGCGCAGGCCGGAAGUGAGCGCGUAGAAGGUGACUCGAUUUCCUUUCACUCUCUGGCCGGCGUGGAGUUUGUUUUGCGCUUGUCCGUGGAGGCGGCGGAGGCGACGGCGUAAUGAAGAAUAAGCAUUUCCUCAGAAUAGCUGCUGAGAAGCUAAUGGAAGCCUGCCCGGGCCAGGCCCGGUAUCUUCUCUGGGAGUACACUACCUCACAAGAUGAAAAGUCUGUUUCAGAAGGCCAAUGUCCAUAUUGCUACCAGUUCCUGGUGCUGGAUAAAUACAGAGUUCGCCUCAAGCCCAAGCCAAAACUAACACCAAAAGUAAAGAAACUUCUUAAUCGGGAAUCAAAAAAUUGUAGACUCACUUUUAAAGAAACAAAGAUUCUUAAAAAGUACUGGGAGUCCAAAAGUAUUCUGUUGGUUACCUGCAAAGCAUGCAACAAAACAGUGAGGUAUAAUGGUGAAAGCAGACACUUCCUGGCAGAAAUGAAAAAUAAUCUUAGCACCCCCAAGAUCAAACCUGGCAUGAAGACACCGGAUAUAAAAGCUUCAGGAUCUACAAAGAAAAAGAAGAAAUCCUUCAGCAGUAAUAAAUCUGGUUCCAAAGACAGUAGUCCAGCAUUGAUUUUCAGAACACCUACAUCUGGACAGUCAACACCCGGUUCCUCCUCAAAGAGUCUCAGCAAAAUGAAGCAUCAUUUAUCUCAGCUGAAAAUGAUGCUUAAUAGUGAAGAAAGCCAAAAGACCCCAUCAAAGGAUUUCAGAAAUUUCUUGUCCUUACUUUAAGCAGUGAAUUUGGUGAUGGACAUUAAUAGUUGUUGACAUUGGAGCAGUUGCGGGGGUGGGGGGGGGCAGUCUGCUUUGUCCUCACAGCAGCAAACAAUUCUCUUUGACAUCCUUUUCAGUACUCUUUAACUGAUAUUUCUGGAGUGCCUGGCACAUAGUAAGAACUUAAUAAAUACCUACCGAGUUGUGCUUGGCCUCCCUGGGAAGGAUAAUACCAUGGGAAUGCAUAGCUGACAUGACAUAUGAAGUCACAUUCCAGCUUUAAUGUGUUAUAUAUUUAACAUGGGGUAAGGUUGGAGGCAUUUAUUAAAAUUGUGAUAUCAUAUCAGCUACCAGUUUUAGUCAUUUACAUACUACUUGUUUUUAAGAAAAUUGAGGUCUACUGCCAGAGUGUCCAUUCUUCAGCAAUUCUUCCAAGAAUUAAAUUCAUCUUUCCUCAUUCAUUCUACUGAUCAGUGGGUUUGUACUGAAAAAUGUAUUUGUUAACUUUGAGUGAUCCCUCUUUUCUGAGUGCAGAAAUGUACCGUCUGUACAAUUUCCUUUGGAGAGAGAGAUAUAAAUACAUACAACUUUUAGUCAUAUCUCUCUUCCUGCUCUUAAUUUAUUCUUGGAAAAAUCUAUGGUAAUAUUUUACCCAAGAAUGUAUUUUAAUUUCUAGGCCUAGACCAUUUCUAGGUCUAAAAAUUUAUUUCAUAAUGUAACAUAGCAACUUCUAAUUUUUUUCAGCAAAAUUUAUCCUAAGCUAAAAUGGCACUAAAGCUUUCUUUUCAGGUUAUUUACUGCUUUGGACUGUGUGCUGCUUUCUAUUAUCUUCUUAUGGUUAAAAACCUCAGUGUUUUUCACAAUUUAAAACUUUCUAGGUCAGGAAUUAACAGCUUUUCAAAAGGGGUUUCCUAAGAUUGGCUUUGCUCAUAAUCAAAUUCUCACAAGUUUGGGGAUAUACUUGCACCUGGCUUUUAAGGCUAAGAUGGCUGAUUCUCUUACUCUUGAGAUGGGAGUAAAUUGUGAACACUCCCACAAUUGGAGAUAAGUUUAUCACACUUGCCAAUUUUUCUCCCCCUUUGGAGAAAAAAAAAUUCUAAAAUAAGGCAGGGGAACUUGUAAUUUUCAUCUUCCAGCUCUGCUGGAAGUGGCCAAGCACUAUCAGUGCAAUCCUACAUAAUAACCCUUAAAAUACUAGAAGUCAGUUGUUUUCUCACCUCUUCCCUCCACCCCCAAGUCUUUUCCAAGCUAAUCACCCACAGUUUCUGUGACCAGUUCUCAUAGCUUAAGAUCUUGAGGCUCUUCAUUCCAUUCAGUCCCACUAAACAAGUAAGUGGCUACUAUAUAGUGGUCCCUAGGGAUUUUUUUUAAGGUCUCUGCUAUAAUGAACUUACAUUCCACUGGGAUGGUGUAGGAAACUACAUGGAUACAAAUACUAUAAUUUAGUACAAAUCACCUCAGGGUAAUUUGAGGAGGAAGAGGUUGUUAACUAGGUCAAGAAAAGUUUCACAGAAAAUGUGACACUUGGUUUCAUCCAUUAAGAAUGACAAGGGUGUGACCUUGGGCAAGUUACUUAACCCCAAUUGCCUUGCCAAAAAAAAAAAGAAAAAAACCCAAGAAAGACAAGGAGUACAAGAGAAAUGAGGGAAUCCAUUCAUGUCCCUCGGCGGCUUGUGUCAGUACACAGAGCUGGGAAUUGUUGAAUUCAGAGAACAUCUAGUCCUUCGGUCUGGCAUGUGUGCCAUAGCAUGUGUGAAGGGUAGUAAUAACUCCUAAGAAGUGGAUGGUGGGGGUGGGGAAAGGAACUAAAUGCUAAACUGGAAAGAUUAUGUUGUGUCUAGGAGGAAGUGAGGAGUUACUGAAGGUUUCUGAGCAAGUCAGUAAUGUGGUCAGAUCCUUGCCUAGGAAUACAUUAUUUUGGCAGGGAGGAAAAAUAAGCACCAAAGGAGAGAUUUUAAAAAUUGGAGGAGGAAUAGACUGGAGAAUAAAAAAAUGAUAGAAAUGAUUAGUAAAACUAAAAGCCGGUUUGUUUUUUUCAAAAAGACUAAGGAAAUUAAUAAACCUUCAGUUUUUAAAUAA